UUCUUCUUCUUCAACAAACAAAUCCUUUUAACCAAAACCAGAUCAUAAUGAUCUGACUUUAUCUCUCUAAACAUGUUGGAGAGAGAGAAAAAGGAGAAGAAGAAGACAAAAGGAUUAUCAGAAUUCAUAAAAGUGAUGAAGUUCCUUUGACUUGCUCUGUUCUUGUUCUAUUUUCAAAAACAGAACAAACCCCAUUCUCUUCGAUUCUUUUGCUUCUGUUUCUUAAUUCUAUAUUUGAAUCAAAACCAUGUAAUUUUCAAACUCAUAACAGAUGUUAUCAUAAUAUUUUUCCCAAAAAAAAAAAAACAAAAACAGACGUUUUCUACUUGCUCUGUUUUUUCCCAGAAAGAAAAAACAGAGCAAAGAAAAAUGGAAUUUUCAAUCUCAAUCUAUCUAUAUUGGAUUUGGGUUUUUCUCAUACUGAACUCAUUAUCAAAUUCAUGUAUCUACGCAAAGGGCCGAACGAACGACGCUGGGCGACUCUGCGGGUCGUCUGAGUAUACUCCUCUCACAAAUUUCAUCCCAAACUUCAUCGUAGCAAUGGACAACGUCCAAAUAGAAUUAAGCAUCAAGAAUUGGGGUGCUUCCAACAUAUCGGCGCCGAAUCCACCGGUAUUCGCCUUCGCGCAAUGCUUCGGGGACCUCUCGGCGCCGGAUUGCAGGUCGUGUUUCGCCGUAGCAAGGACGAAGCUCCCCAAUUGCUUGCCCUCCGUAUCGGCAAGACUGUAUCUCGACGGCUGCUACCUUCGUUACGACAACCAUAGCUUCAUUCACGAGACGAUAGACGAGAAGCAUGAUAAGAUAUCAUGUGGGCCGCCGACGGAUUUCUCGUCGGACGAGCUGAUGAGGUCGGAGUUCGUGAGGAAGGUGAAGGAGGUUCUGAGCAUUUUGACAGCUAAAGCGGUUAAUAAAGGAGGUUAUGCUGUGGACGAAGAUAGAGGAGGAGUGGAGGGUGUUUUUGGUUUGGCUCAGUGUUGGAAAACUCUCAGCAAAGAUGAGUGUCGGAACUGUUUGCUCAACGCUAGUGCUGCGCUCUUGGAUUGUGCUCCCGCGGCCGAGGGUAGAGCCAUGUUCGCCGGCUGUUAUUUGAGGUACUCUACCGACAGGUUCUUUCAUGUUGAACCACAACAAGAAGAAGAAAACGAAGCACCAAAAAUUUUGGCCAUAGUUUCCCCUCUGCGUGAUUUGCUUGCGUCAAACCGAGUUUGGAUCGUCAUAGCUGGCAUUUUCUCUGCAAUUGUGCUGGGUCUUCUUGCCCUCUUCGGAGUUUAUGUUGGUGUUUAUUGUGGAUAUAGGUCAAAGAAAAACCGAGUGAUUCAUGAGGAUGUUUCAAUCACCAUACAAAAAUCAAACUUGAAUUUCAAGUAUGAAAUACUCGAAAGGGCAACCGAGUAUUUUAACAUGUCAAGAAAAUUAGGCCAAGGUGGCGCGGGUUCUGUGUUUAAAGGGAUUCUCCCAGAUGGGAAAAUUGUUGCUGUCAAAAGACUAUUCUUCAAUACAAGGCAAUGGGUUGAUGAGUUCUUCAAUGAAGUGAAUUUGAUUAGUGGGAUUGAACACAAGAACCUUGUUAAGCUUUUGGGAUGCAGUAUUGAAGGACCAGAAAGCCUUUUAGUUUAUGAAUUCGUACCUAAUAAAAGCCUCGAUCAGAUACUAUAUGAUAAGAAAAAUACAUAUAUACUAAGUUGGCAACAAAGAUUUGAUAUCAUAGCUGGAAUAGCUGAAGGGCUUGCAUAUCUCCAUGGUGGCUGUGGCUUGAAAAUUAUCCAUAGAGACAUCAAAUCUAGUAAUAUUUUGCUUGGUGAUGAUUUUAUUCCAAAGAUAGCAGAUUUUGGACUUGCUCGAUCCGUUUCUGCUGAUAGAACUCAUCUAAGCACAGGAAUUGCAGGAACAUUGGGAUACAUGGCACCUGAAUAUCUUGUUAGAGGGCAACUCACAGAAAAGGCUGAUGUUUAUGCUUUUGGAGUAUUGGUUCUUGAAAUUGCAUCUGGUAGGAAGAAUAGUGCUUUCACAUUGGGAUCAAGUUCAAUUUUGCAUUCUGUUUGGAAGUGUUACAAAGAAAAGAAAAUAUUCGAAUCCGUGGAUCCGGGGCUAAAAAGUAAUUUCCCCAUUGAAGAAGCUUCAAAUGUGCUUCAAAUUGGGCUACUGUGCACACAAGCUUCGGUUGCACUAAGACCAUCUAUGUCUGAUGUUGUCAAAAUGUUGACUGAUGAAGAGUAUGGAAUUCCCUCACCAAAACAGCCUCCAUUUUUAAAUGCUAGCUUGUUGAAUGCAGAUGAGACAAGAGUGGUCUCCGAUAGUCCAGAUCUAGAGGAAAUUUCAUCUUCUUUUUCUGCAAAUUCAAGCAAUCUUUAUGAAUCAAUUGUUGAAACCACUGAGGCCUCCAAACCUUCUUAAAUUUUAUUUAUAAACUUUAAAAGUUUUGUACAAAGGUUUGUCACUAAAUUGUUGAUUGAGAAAAAUCCUUUGGUGGGUGAUGAUUUGGGGGUGAAAUGAAUAUAUAUCUAAUAUAUUUAUACAUAAUAUACAGAAAGUUAUAUGAUUGGUUUAGAGCAGACAGACGUGGAAUUCUUUUUGUAAAUAAAAAUGAGAGAGAUUUAGUCAUGCAGUGAGUUAACUCAUGUACUUGGCCUUUUAUGGCACUAGGAUCUUCUCUAUUUGAGAUUCUUUAGUCUAGCCAAGUUCAUAUA